ACCCGAACGCUUGGAUCCCGUUCCGGUUUGCUGACUCCCAACCGAGAACCAGGUGUUCCGAGCUCGCCGAUUGAAGGCCAGGUGCUUCUCUUGCCUUCCUUCCUUCGUUCCGAUCGCCGAUGGGUGUCACCAGGGGUGCAAAGCGUCCGGUCGGGGCGGCCAUGGCCUGGCUCCGCCGCCAGCCUCCCAAGGUCAAGGCCUUCGUCGCCGUCGUGGCUGGUAUGGCCGCUCUCGCCUUCCUGAGACUUGUUGUCCGUGAUCAUGACAACCUUUUUGUCGCUGCCGAGGCCGUCCACGCCCUCGGCAUCUCCGUUCUGAUCUAUAAGCUCACAAAGGAGAAGACUUGCGCCGGGCUCUCACUCAAGUCUCAGGACCUGACAGCUUUGUUUUUGGCUGUUAGACUUUAUUGUAGUUUUGUAAUGGAAUAUGAUAUACACACGCUGCUGGAUUCUGCUGCUCUUGGUACUACACUCUGGGUUAUAUAUAUGAUGCGGUUUAAGUUGAAAUCCAGUUACAUGGAGGAUAAAGAUAAUUUUUCAAUAUAUCUUGUGGUGGCACCCUGUGUUGUACUAGCUAUCUUGAUUCACCCAUCUACAUCACAUAAUAUAGUCAACAGAAUUUGCUGGGCCUUUUGUGUUUAUUUGGAAGCAGUUUCAGUGUUACCUCAGUUGCGCUUGAUGCAAAACACACAGAUUGUUGAACCAUUUACAGCACACUAUGUGUUUGCUUUGGGAAUUGCAAGAUUCCUGAGCUGUGCUCAUUGGAUCCUACAGGUCUUGGACACUCAUGGGCGCUUGCUGACAGCAUUGGGUCAUGGUUUGUGGCCUCCUAUUGUUCUUCUCUCAGAAAUAGUACAAACAUUCAUCCUUGCUGAUUUCUGCUAUUAUUAUGUCAAGAGUGUUGUUGGUGGGAAUCUAGUGUUGCGCCUUCCCUCCGGCGUGGUAUGAAUUCGAAGCUUCACUCUCUGCUGUCAAUGAAAUAACUUAAAACACAUGAUCCAAGUUUUCCUUCUGUCAGCUUUUGUGUUAUCUAAUGUGAACUAUGUUUUUAACCUUCUUCCAUAUUUUUCUCUUUGGAUAUUUAUAUGAUAGUUUUAAACUUUUAAUGUUGAAUAUAAUAGAUACAUAAGUGAGAAUGCUUUAUGUUUCUCUUACC